ACGAUAAUGGCGGAUCAAGAUUAAACUGGCGUAUUUUCUUUUAUUAACCCUCAUUUUUUCGUUUACCCUUCUCUGUGAAUAAUAAUUCAAAAUGGCGCAUAAUACCCGUGCUCUUAACGACGAUGAAGUGCUUAAUGAAAUGAAAAAAAUGGUUGCUUUUAUCAACCAAGAAGCAAUUGAGAAAGCUCGUGAGAUAAAAGUCAAGGCUGACGAAGAAUUCAAUAUCGAAAAGGCUAAGCUUGUUCGUCAAGAAUCAAAUAAUAUUGAGGCGACAUUUCAACGAAAGAUCAAACAAGCCGAAAUCCAAAAGAAAAUUACUCAAUCAAAUAUGAUAAAUAAAACUCGUCUUAAAGUAUUGCAAGUACGUCAACAAAUGCUUGAAGAAGUAUUUAAUGAGACAGUAAGUCAACUUAAUAAAGUAUCACAAGAUGAAGUUAAAUACCGUGAUCUUUUAAAAAAUUUGAUCUUACAAGGAUUAUAUCAACUUAUGGAUGAUCAAGUUAAAGCUAUUGUUAGAAAAUGUGAUAAAGAAUUAGCUAAUAAUGCUAUUCAAGCUGCUGCUAAAAUUUAUAAAGAAUCUACUAAAAGAAAUAUUAACGUUGAACUUGAUAAAGAAAAUAAUUUACCUGAUGAUUGUGCCGGUGGUGUUAUUUUGACAUCUCAUUUUGGUCGUAUAAGAAUUAAUAAUACUCUUGAAGAAAGAUUAACAUUGGCUCAAGAGGAGUUGCUUCCUGAAAUUCGUGUUUUACUUUUUGGUCCUUCACCAAAUAAAAAACACAACCAUUAACUUAACAAUUAUUUAAAUUAAAGUAUUCUCUCUCUCUCUCUUUUUUUUAUAUUAUUUAAGCUUUUCUUUAUAUCGUAAUUAUAUUAAUUAUAUUAAGUAUAAUUGAGUUUGGUAUCAGAUUUUUAUUAUAAACAUAAUUAUAAAGUAAUUACAGUAAAAAUAAAAAAAAAAUGAAAUGAAAUGAAAAAAGAACAGCUAUAUAAAAGUAAUGGUUG